UGUUGUCUGUGUGCUCUGAGUAAGUUAAUUAAAGACACUGCACUGUGUGUUAAUGAGUUUGUGAUAGAUACUCAGGAGGCAAUGUUUAACAAACACCAGUAUUGAAUCUUUCACCGCAGUCAAUCCAAGUAGAAAGUGAGCUGAUGAUGGCCAAACGUGUAGCUGUGAUUGGAGCAGGUUGUUCUGGCCUGGCCUGCAUCAAGUGCUGCCUGGAUGAGGGGCUGGAGCCUGUCUGCUUUGAGAGCAGUGAGGACAUUGGAGGACUGUGGAGGUUCAAGGAGAAGCCAGAGCCUGGCAGAGCAAACCUCUAUCACUCUGUCAUUGUCAACAGCUCCAAAGAGAUGAUGGCAUACAGUGACUUUCCCCCUCCGGCUGACUUUCCCAAUAACAUGCACCACUCUCAGGUCCUGCAGUACCUGCGGCUCUAUGCUAAACACUUUGACCUACUGAAGCACAUUCACUUCCAGACCUCGGUGCGCGGUGUGAGGCAGAGGCCUGACUUCACUCAUUCAGGUCAGUGGGAGGUGGUGACUGAGAACAGGGACGGUCAGGAGGAGAGACACGUCUUUGAUGCAGUGAUGGUCUGUUCUGGGCACUACACACGGCCACACCUGCCUCUCCAGGACUUCAAAGGAAUAGAGACAUUUCAGGGGAGACAUUUUCACAGCUGGGAAUACUGCAGUGCUGAUGGACUGCAGGGGAAAAAUGUCAUUGUGAUUGGAAUUGGAAAUUCUGGAGGUGACAUCGCUGUGGAUGCCAGCAGAGUGGCAAAGCAGCUGAUGGAUGUUGGCAAUGUAUUCUACUUCACAAUUCUCAUUCACUGCUCUACAAAAACCCCUCAGGUGUACCUGAGCACAAGACGUGGUGCGUGGGUGGUAGGACGAGUUGGAGAGGGUGGGGCGCCAGGUGAUGUGGUGAGCGGUGCCCGUCUGGCCGUACUCAUGCACAGACUAAUGCCUACUUGGAGCACCAGGGCAGUGGAGAAACAGCUCAAUAAGCGUUUUGAACACCACCUUUACGGGCUACAGCCCUCUCAUGGGUUCUUCGCUCAGAUCCCAGUGGUCAAUGAUGAUCUGCCUGGACGCAUCAUCUCUGGCCGUGUGGUGAUAAAGCCAAAUGUGAAGGAGUUCUCCGGCUCCAGUGCGAUCUUUGAGGAUGGAACAGUGGUUGACGAGGUGGAUGUGGUGGUGUUUGCCACAGGCUAUAACUAUGACUUCCCGUUCUUGCCUGAAAACCUGAAGGUUAAAGAGGGCUACCGCCUGUCUCUGUACAAACAUGUCUUCCCCCCAAGCUUGGAGAGACCCUCGCUGGCUGUGGUGGGCUUCAUACAUGGGCUGGGAGCAAUCAUCCCCCUGGCUGAGAUGCAGGCUCGCUGGGCCACCCGAGUCUUCAAAGGACUGACAAAGCUGCCCUCAGAGAGGAUGAUGCUUGAUGACACUCAAGGAAGCACCAAGGGAAUGCAUCAGAGGUUUGCCUGUUCUGAGCGCAAUCCGUUACAGGUGGACUACGUCCCCUACAUGGAUGAUAUUGCCCAGGAAGUGGGAGCCCAGCCAAAGUUUCUUUCACUUCUUCUUCGGGACCCUGGUCUGGGUCUGAGGGUUCUGUUUGGUCCCUGUACUCCAUAUCAGUACCGCCUAUGUGGGCCAGGCCAGUGGGAAGGGGCCCGCCAAGCGAUCUUCACUCAGUGGGAGAGAGUGAUUUGCCCAUUUGGCACACGACGACUACCAAAGCCCGACCCUGAAACGAAGCAGCAUGUCCCCGUGUUUCUCACGUUUGCAGCUGUGAGCCUACUGUUUACUGUAAUGUACAUAAAAAAAUGGUUUACUAUUACAUAAGUAGCAAUGCUGUUUCAGGAAGUGCUAGCUGCUAGUCCAAACACUGCACUGUCAUUCACAUGUUCAAUUUUAACAAUUUAUGUUGCGUGUGGUAUAAUUGAAGGACUGUUGAAACUGUUGUGUG